AUGGACACCCGAACCGGGAUAUUGUUCGUCUUCGAUAUACGUGCAUCACCCCUCAGUUCCUUCAAUUUCCGGCGCAAUAAGUUGUCUGUUCAGCGAUUCCCUCCUUUUCGCGAAGUGUUUCGGAUUCCAACAUCUCAAGCACUGGUAUCUGAAAAGGGGUUGAUGCAUCUGAGUCCUAUCCCAUCAACUUACGCCGUUCACGUACUCGCUGAGUUUAUUGAAUAUAAUUUUACACGCUGA